CCCAAACUUUAGAGUCACCUGAACACCCAGCUUCUUUCUUCACCUCUGCACUUGCCAUCAGUGAGGCCACUCUCUGUUAAGGUUUCAAUACAUGCAAUUUAAAUAUUCACACAAGACGUGUCCAUUAAAAAAAUGAAAGGGUGACUUCUACAUCAAUUGUUAACAGGGAUCUCAGCAUUGGACUGUUUUGGUGUUGGGCUUUUCGGCUGAGCAAGUAGAUGUGCUUCUGGAACAACAGGCCUAAGAAAUGGGAUUUUGCAAAGGAAAUAUCUGGAAAAAAGUACUAGAGGAAAUAUAUCUAUCAUUUUCAGAGAGACUGAAGCCUCUCAGCGAAUGACAGCACAUGAAAUGCCAUUACGGUGGGAGUGAAGGGAAGGAAGAAAGGAGGGAUGGAUGGUGGAUCCCCAUAGUAUAAUAUGGUAGGUCCACCAAGUCGUGAAAAGACGUGGCGCUUGCUGUCCCCUAGGAAACUGGCCUCCCAAUGGGACAGUGUUAAGCAUGGGUUUUUUACUACCACUGCUCCUUUGAUGCCUCUCAUGUCAGGUGGAAAUAGCCUGCAGAAAAGGCUGACACGAAGAAGCAUGACGUGAGAACCAAAUGGCUAGAUCUUUUACUUGGGACAGGAGUCAUGUUGACUUAUACACCAUCCCAUCAUCCUAAACAAUUGCAAAACUGUCAAAUAACAAAAAUCAAGUGCUGCCAUCCACUCACACCAAAUUCCUGGCUCAGCAGAAGGCCUCUGCACACAGCCCUGGGGACACCGCCAUGAGACAAAACUCGCCGCCCCCCCUCCCCCCCCCCCAGCACAGCCAUGAAAGGCUUUGAGCUCAGCCUCCAAAACUGCAAAGCACUUGUUUUGUUGUGUGUGGACAAUGCUUUAAUCUGCCGGGCAAAAGCUGGAUGUUGCUCUCUUUUAUUCUGGCUGCACACAAUUGCAACACUCAAAAAGAAAAGCCCCUUGCCCCCCCGAUACCUGCUGCUCCUCCGAACUGCUGACGCCUGGGUGGGCAGCCCCAAGGCGGGGCCAUUGGGAUUUAUUUAGUUCACUGCUGCAGAUGAUGCCUUUAGUGCCACAAUCUGCCCUGGAGUCAAGUCCUAAUCAUCUGGGGGGGUGAUUAUGUUCAGUUCUUCCUCCCCAAACCCCCCAGACAUAAUUCAGAUCCAAACUGGAGAGACAAGCAGGCACACAAGAGGGGAACCCGGCACCGCACAGCCCCCCCGAAGCCAUGUACAGGAGCAGCUUCCUCCGCGAGGUGCGCAAGGAGAAGUAUGAGCGGUCAGAUGCCUACGAUGAGCUGCGAGGCUCCCCAGAAUUUGACAGUUUGGCCCAAGCCCGGGGCCUGGAGAACCUGCAGGAGCUCAAUGAGCGCUUUGCCAGCUACAUCAACCGGGCGCGUGUGCUGGAGCAGCGCAACACCAUCCUGCGCAAGCAGCUGGAGACCUUCCAGCGCAUGGACGAGCUGGUGGGCUUGGACGAAGCCUUCGCCGGGCAGAUUGAGUUCAACCGCCAGCGAAUGCGGGAGCUGGCAUCUGACCGAGCCAAGCUGGAGCGGGAGGAGAAGGAUGCUCAGCGCAUGCUUGAUGAGUACCGCAACAAGUAUAGAAAUGAACGUGAAUAUCAGCAGAAGCUAAAAGAAACCCUUGAACGCCUUAAUAAGGAAGCUGAUGAAGCACUGCUGUGUAACCUGGAGCUGCAGAUUGAGUCCCAGUUCCUGCAGGAUGACAUUAAUGCCACAAAGGACAGAUACAAGAAGAAUCUUAUGGAAAUCCAGACCUAUGUCAAUGUUUUGCAGCAGAUCAUCCAGACAACACCUCGCGUGUCCCCUAUAACCACUGGCAUAUGUGAGGAAAAACUGAUAGCAGAGAGGAGGAUCCCUGUUCUGCAGAGCCAGCUGGAGGAAUACAAGAGCAUCCUCUGCCAGCUACAGGCGCAGAAAUACAAACUGCAGACAGAGACAGCCAUGCUGGAGCAAGCGAUUAAAAACACCCAGGAGAGUUAUGACGAUGAAAUUCAGCUUUACAAUGAGCAGAUUGAAAACCUUAGGAAGGGGAUAGAGGAGGCCGAGAGAACCUUGGAGAAGUACACGACCGACUGCCGCCAGCUGGUGAUCUACCAGCAGUCCCUGGAGAACGAGCUGGAACGGUACAAACGUAUCAUCGAGAACGAGGACAGCCGGUUAAACUCCGCUAUAGCAGGAACGCCAGUCACACUCUUCACGCAGAUCUAUAGGCCUGUCCAGCCUCCAGCUUCGAGGGGAAGAGAUAUCACCCAGGCUGUGCAAGACAUUGCCAGUGUAAAGCCCAGACAAAAAGCUCUGACAAAGAAAAUUGCCAGGAAAAAGGAGCUGAUGUCUAAAGACAUAACUGACGGUCUCUCGCCUGAAAGAAUGUAUGAAAGAACUCUGGAAGGUUUUGACCAAGAUCCGCUGGAGUUUAGGCAUGAAGGCUCAGUCACAUGUGAAUCCAGGCAGGAAGGAUUAGAACUCGAAAAAGAAGCAGGCCCAGAGGACGUACCUGAUGGAGCCCGCAUAAGUAAAGCCUUCGAUAAAUUGUGUAACAUUGUGAGGGAGAAAAUAAGAGUCUGCAAGAGACCAGAGCCUAAACCUGAUACCCAUCCUAAGGGGCGUUACGUGCUGGUGACAGGGGAGGAAGGCUAUGAAGAACCUUGCAUCCUGGCCCCUUCCAUCCCAGCUGGGGGAGGCAUCACAGUUUCCACCGGCAACGGGAAGGUGAUGAACGGUGGUGAUGUGGAACCCAUACCAGAGCUGCCAGAACCUGCUGAACCAUCAGAAAAAGAGAAAGGGGCUAUCUAUGAAAGGAGAGAAGAGUUUGAACUCCAAGAGGAAGAGAAAGAAGAUGUGCUUGAAUGGGGCAAAAAAGCAAGAGGAAAAAUUGAGCAAAUCACAACGUAUCCAGACAUCUCUGAGCCUGAGACAGUUCCUUCCCCUGGUUUGGUAAGCCCAACUGAGCCAGGUGUCCUUCGAGAGGCAGAAUAUGACCGAGAAGAUAAGCAGGGCCUUUUAUUCAGGGAAGCAGGCUUGCCUGGCUCAAUGAGCUAUGAGAAGGUGGAGGUGGUAGAGUCCAUUGAGAAGUUUUCAGAUGACAGGAUUCAGACGUACGAAGAGACAGCGAUGAUUGUGGAGACAAUGAUAGAGAAGACAAGCAAGAAGAAAACAGGUGACAAAGGCUCUUAAGUGACACCCCCCCACCCACCCCGAUAGUCAACUUGUCUGGCAUAGUUAUUAAAUGACUGUGGUUGUUUGUGUUUUGUUUUUUGUUUUUUUUUUUUUUUUUUUUUUUUUUUUUCCUGACCGAAUGAUACAGUAGUGAGGUUUUUGCUGUUUGGUAUGGAACAGAUUGAUACCGUGAUGGUAAUUCUGUCUGAUGUAGGCUCACCUUUGGUGCAACGACCACUAAAGUGCUCCAGGGCAACAAGUAAUAGGUACAUCCUAUGCAACUGAUUUUCAUGAUUAGGACAAGUUGAAAGUAAUUAUUAUUAAUUACAGAGCUACCUGGCUUUCCACAGUAUCUGGAACGAAUCUGCGUAUUCCUCUACUGCUCCUAUAGCUGCCGUACGAUUCCCCAUCUCUCAGACAGCUGCAAAUGUUAACUUGUGACAUCUGGUUCAUUUAAUAAAAGUUUUGCCUUCUAAUGAAGA